AUGGCUCAAAGAAAUUUAAUUGUGUCUAUCCAUUCCGAAGGGUCCCUUUCCACAGAUCCAAGUGAGGGAUUCUCAUUUUGCAAUACGAAUUUGCAUAUGUUCAAAAUCCACAUCAACUUCGACCUUCAUCAUUUAAAAGACCGUAUUGAAAAAAAGUUGCAACGUUAUGUUGAAGACAUCGUUUAUCGUCAUCCAUUAUUUAAUGGAGAUGAUAAUACCGUCUUUUACAUAAUGAAACCCAUUGAGACUGACGAAGAUGUCAAGUCGAUGUUUCAAUGUCAUGUAACAUUAUCUCAAUUACCCACCAUUGAGAUAUAUGUUCGUCUAGUCGAAAAUCUUGAAGAACAACCGAGUCACAAUGAAGAUGUUGAAGAACAACCGACUCACAACGAAAAUCUCGAUUAUCCAACGCAAUUUGCACAGUCACACGACUAUGGAAUGAGUCAAGCCAUUGACGAAGAGCCGACUCAAAAUAAUGAACCUUUCAUACCAAAUGAAGAGGUGGGCGAGAAUAGUGAGGAUGAUCUUGAGGAGGUUCGAUUUGAAGAUCUAUUUGGUGUUAGCGAUUACGAUGGCAAUGAGGACAUAUUCGACACACCGACCGUUGCACUAAGAGCGCAACCAAUUAGUUUGUACAACCCACUUGUGCACAUGCAAAACAUAAGUUUGGAUGAUGUUGAACCAAUCUCUGUUUUCAGAAGUUUCAUACCAACUCACAAUUCUGACGAAAUAGAGGAGGACAUCAAGUAUGAAAAUAAGGAAGAGUGUGUUAUGGCGUUGCAACAAUGGCAUAUAAAACGUAGUCUAGAUUUUUCUGUGGUUAAAUCUGAAAAUGUAUGUUUUGUCAUCAAAUGUAGAAAUUCAACAUGCAAUUUCAAAUGCAGGGUCUCUUUGCGUAAGGGCAACUCAAGGUGGAGAGUUGGUAAGUCUGGUGGGCCUCAUACGUGCACAACCACUUCCAUGUCACAAGACCAUACAAAACUCAGUUCAGAAAUGAUUAGUAAGAGUGUAACACCCUUCUAA